AUACUUCAUCUGGGUAACACGUACUCAAAAACACUAUGAGUGGCUGACUGAUAUCAUACGAGAAGUUGAAGAGAAUGACAUCAAAGAUAUGGUGUCUGUUCACAUCUUUAUUACCCAGUUUUAUCAAAGAUUUGAUUUGAGGACCACCAUGUUGUACAUUUGUGAGCGUCAUUUCCAAAAGAUAUCAAAUCGAUCCUUGUUUACUGGGUUGAGAUCAAUCACACAUUUUGGUCGUCCUACCUUUAACUCUUUCUUGGAUUCCUUGCAACAGGAACAUCCCGGGGUAUCAAAAAUUGGUGUUUUCAGCUGUGGACCGCCCACCAUGACAAGAGGUGUAGAGAAAGCUUGUUCAGCUCUAAAUAAAGUUGAUGGUGCUGCAUUUAUUCACCACUAUGAGAACUUUUAAAUCUAGGGCUGUAUACGACCAAUUUUGUAAUCAGUUUCAAACAAUAUUUGACUGAAUUAAUGAACUCCUUGUAUAAAAAUAGUAUAUUAUUAUUUUCAAUGCUUAUACUUGUAACUGUAUUACUGUGGGAUUGAUAUUGUUUCUUAACCUAGCCAAGCAAUAUCCUCAGCAUAUGGGCUAACAAUACAGAUGUGUUGCGAACAAUGUUGCUUCAGGAAACCAGUAAAUUGUUAUCAGAUUUGGAGACAACAUUUCUUGCAACACAGCUUUAUUGUCAGCCAGUUAACUGACAAUAUUUCUGGUUAGUUGUAGGAAACAAAUUCAUGGUCAAACAUAUGUUCCUUGUUGUGUGAGUUUGUGCCCUCUAUGGCUGUCUCACGUAUAUUUCUUGGCCGUGGGUGAGUGUUAGGCUCUGUUAUGGCCUAUAGUUUAGUUUUAAUAUUUGUAGAUUUAUAAUGUGGUAUUAUGUAUUUUCAUUGUGGAUUUUAAGAUUGACAUAA